UUUCCUCAUCCCUUACCUGAUGAUGCUGGCUCUGGCUGGAUUACCCAUCUUCUUCUUGGAGGUGUCGCUGGGCCAGUUUGCCAGCCAGGGGCCAGUGUCUGUGUGGAAGGCCAUCCCAGCUCUACAAGGCUGUGGCAUCGCGAUGCUGAUCAUCUCUGUCCUAAUAGCCAUAUACUACAAUGUGAUUAUUUGCUAUACACUUUUCUACCUGUUUGCCUCCUUUGUGUCUGUACUACCCUGGGGCUCCUGCAACAACCCUUGGAAUACGCCAGAAUGCAAAGAUAAAACCAAACUUUUAUUAGAUUCCUGUGUUAUCAGUGACCAUCCCAAAAUACAGAUCAAGAACUCGACUUUCUGCAUGACCGCUUAUCCCAACUUGACAAUGGUUAAUUUCACCAGCCAGGCCAAUAAGACAUUUGUCAGUGGAAGUGAAGAGUAUUUCAAGUACUUUGUGCUGAAGAUUUCUGCAGGGAUUGAAUAUCCUGGCGAGAUCAGGUGGCCACUAGCUCUCUGCCUCUUCCUGGCUUGGGUCAUUGUGUAUGCAUCGUUGGCUAAAGGAAUCAAGACUUCAGGAAAAGUGGUGUACUUCACGGCCACGUUCCCGUAUGUCGUACUCGUGAUCCUCCUCAUCCGAGGAGUCACCCUGCCUGGAGCUGGAGCUGGGAUCUGGUACUUCAUCACACCCAAGUGGGAGAAACUCACAGAUGCCACGGUGUGGAAAGAUGCUGCCACUCAGAUUUUCUUCUCUUUAUCUGCUGCAUGGGGAGGCCUGAUCACUCUCUCUUCUUACAACAAAUUCCACAACAACUGCUACAGGGACACUCUAAUUGUCACCUGCACCAACAGUGCCACAAGCAUCUUUGCCGGCUUCGUCAUCUUCUCCGUUAUCGGCUUCAUGGCCAAUGAACGCAAAGUCAACAUUGAGAAUGUGGCAGACCAAGGGCCAGGCAUUGCAUUUGUGGUUUACCCGGAAGCCUUAACCAGGCUGCCUCUCUCUCCGUUCUGGGCCAUCAUCUUUUUCCUGAUGCUCCUCACUCUUGGACUUGACACUAUGUUUGCCACCAUCGAGACCAUAGUGACCUCCAUCUCAGACGAGUUUCCCAAGUACCUACGCACACACAAGCCAGUGUUUACUCUGGGCUGCUGCAUUUGUUUCUUCAUCAUGGGUUUUCCAAUGAUCACUCAGGGUGGAAUUUACAUGUUUCAGCUUGUGGACACCUAUGCUGCCUCCUAUGCCCUUGUCAUCAUUGCCAUUUUUGAGCUCGUGGGGAUCUCUUAUGUGUAUGGCUUGCAAAGAUUCUGUGAAGAUAUAGAGAUGAUGAUUGGAUUCCAGCCUAACAUCUUCUGGAAAGUCUGCUGGGCAUUUGUAACCCCAACCAUUUUAACCUUUAUCCUUUGCUUCAGCUUUUACCAGUGGGAGCCCAUGACCUAUGGCUCUUACCGCUAUCCUAACUGGUCCAUGGUGCUCGGAUGGCUAAUGCUCGCCUGUUCCGUCAUCUGGAUCCCGAUUAUGUUUGUGAUAAAAAUGCAUCUGGCCCCUGGAAGAUUUAUUGAGAGGCUGAAGUUGGUGUGCUCGCCACAGCCGGACUGGGGCCCAUUCUUAGCUCAACACCGUGGGGAGCGUUACAAGAACAUGAUCGACCCCUUGGGAACCUCUUCCUUGGGACUCAAACUGCCAGUGAAGGAUUUGGAACUGGGCACUCAGUGCUAGUCCAGUGGUGUGGGAUGGUCCAGACUUGAUCCUGUUUUUCCUCUCUGCCUCCUCCUAAUGUUUUCCAUAGCUCUCCUCCCAUUUUUCUUCAUCUUUCUUCCUACAUCUUGGUUCACAUCCACGCAUGAGAGUGAUUAUGUAGAAAAGUAGGCAUAGUGUCGCAUGCUGUAGUAAAGAGCUACAUAGACCACCUGAAGCGCUGUUUGCCUGUGCCCAUGGUGACUGUUUCUGGUCAGGUUGGUCCCCUGACCACACGUUUUACCCUGCAGAGGAGGAUCAGUUAGGUGAGCGCUGGUAGGUAUGCGUGGUUUGGUCAAUAGAGAGGUAUCCACUGUGUGAUGGCAUGGGGGGUGCCAGUAAGGCACGUAUAGAGUGGCCGAAUUACAAGACUUAAUUUGGACUUGAACAGAACUGAGCAAUGUGGUGAUCUUGUUCAGUCACACAAAGUUCAAGACAGGUUUUUUUUUUUCAGAGAGUUAGCAGUGGUCAGAAAAUGUUUUGGAUGUAAGACAAGACCAUUCAAUUUGGACACCACUGAGGUGGUUAAGUUUAUAUUUCCAGUCACCACUGGGGAUCUGUUUCCUUCAUUUGGAUCAGCAAUCUCCAGUUACCACUAACUCAGAUGCUACAGUCUACACAUUGUGACUUUGAUUGAACUGUCAGUUUUCUUCCCUCAACUGUCUUUUUUUGUUUUAAAUAACCACAUUUGUGAGUUCUUUUGGUCAUUUCGUCCACCUCUGCCCAAGAAGCCAUCAUAUAAGUUGUGCCUCAUUUUGUACGUUCAUAGUAGAGCUCCAUGCUCGUUUCUACAUGAUAUUUAGCACCGUGGUUCAAUGUCAUGAUCCUGUGUUUCUUCUCUAAAUGUCUUUCUAUAAGCUGUAGACACCUUGUCUUUUGACCUCUGGGAAAACAAGACUUACCCUGGUUCUGUCUAUAUAUUAUAUAUAUAGGACACAUGCUCUUAAAAGACAGAUAACUUCUUAAUUUUUACUCUUUUUCAUUCACAGUAAAUGCCAAUUGUGGUCAUAGAGAAAUCAAAGAAAUGGAGAGUUUAAUAGAAAGCAACCACAAUAUUCACUGCACUGGUAGUACAUUUUAGGACAUGGUAUUUAUAGAACUUUCAGAUAAAUACAGCUUAGGUAAGUAGCGAGUGAGCCAAUUAAGACUAUAGCUUUUAAGACUACAUUUAGCCAAUUCAAUUUUAAGAGUUCCCUGUUCACAGUACUCAUUUUAACGGCACUCUAAUGAGAGCUGAUCAUAUGUCUGCAGAAAUUGGCGAAGUGUAAACUUUAUUAUCUUCUUGUAUCCUGAACAUGCAUAUAUGAAAUUUUUAAAAUGUGACAUGUGUUCAUGUAGUGUGUACUUGUAGUGUUGUUUUCUGUCCUUAUAAAUAUCUUAUGAAUUCUGUAGAGAUGGUGAGUUUAGUAUAGUGUAGUCUGGGGAUUUUAUUUUCCCUUACAGUAAUAAUAUCUAAACCUAAAAUUGUUUCCUUUAGGGGAGAUCAUUUCAAUCAUUUUCUUCAUUUAUCUUCAUAGUACAGGGUCUCAGGCAAAGUUUUUCAGUUCAAAUCUUGUAUAUUGUUGUGACAUUUUCAUCCUGUUUAACAGCAAUGAAACCCAACAACAGACUUUAAUGUACUUUUUUUUUUUAAAAAAGAUUUCAUUUGUUAAAAAAAGUCUCAACUCAUUUUACUGAGCUCUCCCUUUUCUAGGGCAAGUAUCAUUGCCAUUUGCCAACAUCAAUAUGAACUUCCAGUUUUUAAGAGUAGCUUGUGAAAGGUUUUAGAAAAGGAAACAAAGAUGGGUUUUGAACUUUAGAUUUUCAUGUCUUUUGUCUGAGUGUAUAUUUGUUCUCCCCUCUCCUUCUCCUCCUUUCCCCACUUGUCUCCCAAAGCUCGAACUUGCUUGAGUCUAUCACAAAGACUAAACCCUGAGCUUCCCCUAAACUUAGCUUUAGGAAGCUGAGCUGUGGCCUCACCUGUCUGCCAUGAACACAGGUUUCUCUAAGAAAGCCAUAUUGAUGAGAAGCCCCCAAUUACUGCAGCAGAUGUCGCACAAUGAUACCAAAAAUGAGCCUCUCCAACUGAUACCUGGUAGAGUGAGAGGAGCCAGGAGGAAUAACUUAGGCCUGGAAAUUAUCUGCAGGCUUUCCAAUUUGAAGGUUGAGAAAGAGAGCUUAAAUCAAUUAGCAUUCUCUCAUGGGACUGGUAUGUUUGUGUCAGGAUGAAUGGUUUUUGGCUCUCCUGUUGCCUCUUGGCUAAAACUCUGAUUGAGCCAAUGGUUGGAGUCUGAUGCUGGACGCCAACCCAAUUUCUGCUAAUUAUUGCUUUUGUGAUUAAAAGAAGGUGGGGGUGGGGGGCUCCCACAGAUGCUGCCAGGUUUGUUUUGUACAAACUGAAAGUUAACUUAAUUGUGAGAAUGGAGACCUCAUCAGUAGCUGCAUGUUUUGGAUUUGGGGGCAUUUACAUUUGUGUUAAUUAUGAUUUGUCCAGGUAAGAUGCAGUAGCUGCUCCCUGAGCAGCUGUUUCCCCCCACCCCACUUCACUAUAAUUUCCAAGAUUUAUUUCCCUUUGUUUAAAGGGACACGCUUAGGUGAAUAGUUCCAAAUUUACCUGGAAAUGGUUACCUUGUAAGUUUAGCUUGUCUAAUGGAUUGUUUCCAUGAUAUUAAAAUGUACAGUCAAUUGGAAGAAAAAAAUGAUAAAAAUAAAA